AUGAUACGAACAAUUCUAUUCAUUACUUUUUUUAUAAUAUUAAUAAAUCAAGGGCAACUUGAUGCAGCUCGUGAACUUCAUGGUCUAUCUUCUGGGCGUAUACGACCUGCAACUCUCAAUGUUAAUCCAUUAACAUCACGAGUUAAUUCAGCAAAAGAAUAUUCUCAAGAAUUAUAUAAAUCAUCACGUUAUCGUGAAAGAUCUCCAACAUUUAUUCAAUCUCGUCGUUUUCAUUUCGAUCAAUUUGCACGUGAUAUUCGUGAUCUUGAUCAUCCACCAUCAUUUACAGCUCCAAUAUCAUCUUCAUACUAUUAUUCUUAUGGUAGUCCUGGUACACAUUUAACUAUCUCAAGUCAAGAGGCUUGUCGUUUAACAAAUAAUUUUUGUUCAUCUGAUUAUCAAUGUUGUUCAGGAAAAUGUCGAUGUAUUAGAUGGUCUAUUGUGGGAAAAAUGUCAUGUUGGAAAAAAUGUUUUUAA